AUGAUACCAAGACCACCUACAUUACCACCUGGACCUUUAGCACCAACAUUAGGUAUAAAAUCUACUAGGAAUAAGGAUGAAAGUCAAGGAAGUGUUAGAAGUAAAACAAGUCAAACUUCCGAAGGUUUUAGAUUAAUGGACUUAAAUAGUCAAAAUAAUGAGGAAACAGGAAGUGUUUACUCCAUCUACAAGCAAAAAAUAGAUUCAAUGUUCGAAUCAGAUUCCAGUAGUACGAAAAACAGUGUGCAAGCUAAAAUAGAAAAAAUGUUUCAUGAUGUAGCUAAAGACAACGGUAUUCAAAUAGAUGAAAUCGGAGUGCAUACUUUCUCUGUAGACUAUUUAGGAUCAGUGCCACUUAACGACAAAGUUACUAGUUUGUCUGGACUACAAAUACCGUUAAGAGAUUUAUAUUUUAGCUACAAGAGAAUUGUCAAAUCAAAAACCGGGCUAACUGGCAGAUUAGAGAUAUCCAGUAAUGGUUUAAAGGUGCAGUAUCAAGGAGAAAAAGGUGACUUAGAACAACAUAAUUCUUUUCCAACAAUAGCAGUUUGGAGUGCUGUGAAGUUCGUGAUACAAGAAGAUCGAUCUCAACCGAUAUACGCUUUUCUACCUCUAAUCACCGACCCCGAUAAUAUGGACAAACGAUCGUUGUUUCGAAAACUUACCGAAGCUGAGAAAAAGUAUAUUACAACAGAAGCACAUUCGCCUUUAUUCGCUGUUGUUAUGAGAAAAAUUGGAGUACAAAAACAAUUGGAAUGUCACGGAUUUGUCUGUCAAACUUCAGAAGAUGCCAUAGUGAUAGCAGCUACAUUGUAUAAAUCUUUAGUAUCUCACAUGAAAGCAAAAGAAAAACGGCCUAGAAAUAGGAAUGGUGUUACUACUUGUAUGUCCAUAACGUCAAGUGUAAACAGAGAUAAAUCAGGAAAUUCAAUUCCUGUUAGACCACCUCGAAAGAAACGGAGCAAUGCUUCUUCCGUAACAAGCGAAAAUGAUAUUAGUAUACCUGAUACCAAGCCUCUACUGAAUUCUCAUAGACUUCCCAAAAAAAGUACGAAGACAAAAAGAGCACCGACAGUUCCUGAACCUAAAAAAGAAGAUUUAAAUGCUAUUGUACCCUAUGAAGAGCCAAUCAAACCAGAAACUAAUAGAAAAAAAGAGUUUCAUGAAAUUAAACCAAAAACAUUUACGGAUAAACUUAAUACUUACAUGAGUAGAGAGCAGAAACAGCUACAUGCAGAAAUAAAACAAGUGAUGAAUGAUGGAGGAAAGAAUUGUUUGAAGAAGGUGAUGAGAAAAAAUGAAGAUGCCAUAAGAAAAGCAGAGAAUUCUGGUGAUAUCUUAACAAAAGUGACCAUUCCUAGAUCUGGUAGCUUUUUAAACACUGGAGGUUUGACGAAAUACAAGAAUAAAGGUUCAAGAAGUAAUGACCAAGGUAAUGGAGGAUCUCCAUUGGGUUUUAAAGAAAUAUUUAACGAGCUUUCCCUUCAAGAAGGUCUCCACUCCUUAGACGACAUUCUAAGCGUCAUAAUCGACCCUGAAGGAAUGUCCUUUAAUGAUCUCAAACCUAUUUACAAAGAAUUUCUUCUGAAGCUUUCCGUAACACUCACCAAAGAUGAACUAUAUCAAAGAGCAAAAUCCAUAAUGAGAAGACAGAAAAAAAAGUUGUUAAGAAAAGCUCCUCAACAAAAAGAUAGAGUUAGCAUCGGUGGGAAGUUUAGGAGAUUAAAACAUAUAUUCCAAAAGAAUUUUAAAUUAACUCUUAAAAAGAAGAUAAAACAGGUAGAUAAAAAUAAUAUUAAGACAGAAAGCUCCAUAUCUACAUCUUCCUAUGACACAAGGCAAUUCCAACCCAAAGAAGAGAAUAUUCCGAACAGAAAACAACAUCAAAAGAAAAAAAUUCGGAGGGACCGAGCGAGCACCAGCGAAGAAAGCGAUUUCUUUUCAUUGAGAAAGAGCAGAAGCAGAUCUCAGGGAUUUAGCUUACUGCACAAUCAAAACAGGAACUCUUCUUCUGGGUACGUGUCUUGCUCCGAAUGCUCUUAUGAUUCUGAUACUUGUACCUGUGUAUCAGCCGAUAAGUGUUAUUGCAGCUUAGGGCAGAAGGAUACUUCAAGAAGGUCGAGAUGUGGCAGAAAAAAUUCAGUAGUUUACUGCGAAUGUGAUACUGAUUCUUGUACGGAAAGUAACAAGUGUUAUUGUCCGAAUAUAUGUUAUAAUCCGGCUACUAUAGACCCUAUUUGUGAGAGGGGCUUCACUCAAGACUCAGACCAUCAUCGACAUAAUAAACUUUGUAAGAAGAAGUCAAAUACAAAGAGUACGAAAAGCUUGGAAUAUUUUUUGAAUCCUCCUGAAAAGUACUAUGAGAAAUUGAAAAGUCGGAAUACUCAGUCUUUGGUGUCCUUAGAAGAAAAUGUGAUUUAUCGUUUUAUUUCAGAUGGCCGAACAGUCCAGUCAACAGCGAUUUCUUCCGGUGUUUGUACAGAAGCCCUUUCAGUUAAAAAAUCCGCAGAGAUAGCAGCUCUCUUCUCGGACAUAAAACUGAGCCAAACAACGGAUAUAGCCCAUUUAAAUUCUGAAAAUAUCGACUCUGCAUCAAUAGUAUCAUCAAAAAAUUCUUGCAACAAAAUUGCUUCCAGAGGAAUGUCUUCUGUCCGAAGUGGAUCACAUUCCAGUAAAAAUGGCAAGCUGAAUAUGUAUAGUGCUAAAAACGGUUUGUAUACAAUCCAGAGUCAAUCUGAUGAAUCAAGAAGGUCGAGUUCUUGUGAGGGUAAAAAAUUGGAAAAUAGAGCAUAUCUUGAUUUGAGAAAUGAAGUAGAAAGAAAUAUGAGAAACGUUAGUAGUAAUAUCGAAAACUCUUUAGGAUAUUUACCUUAG